GAAAAGGCCAAGGAAAGAGACGAGAUGGAAUACUUUUGAGGUAAAAGGUAAUCAGACUUUUCUUUUUCCUACCAUUUUCCCAUGCUCUCUCUCCCUCCCUCUCUCCUCUCACUCUCUCUCUAAACUCCAAAAACUGCAGCAUAUAUAGCGCGCAACUAUUUAUUCCCGCAAUAAUUGCUGUCUUCAUCCGAUUUUGUUCCUCUCCGACACCGAUUCACGAGUUUGGUUUCCAAAAAUUGACAAUCUGCUUAGUCGAAUAAAAACAACCACAGUCCCAAUUUCCCAUCACUCAUUUCAUUUCACCUCCAAAAAAAAAAGUACACACAGAAAUUGAGACAAAAUGAACGGCAUCCUGCUCCGAUUCGUCGCCGUCGCGGCUCUAUCCGCUCUCCUCGCCGGCUCCGCCGCUCGGGAGCUGCGGCCGUCGGACCACGGCCUAGGGUUUCAGGAAACCUCGUCGCCGCCGCCGCGAAACGGCGAGGAGCAGGAAAUGCGGUCGUUCUUCGGCGCGUCGACCGUGCAGCUGCCGGAGGCGAAGAACAUCAGCGACACGUGGCUGGGAGCUCACACGAGUGGGAUCGGGGGUGGCGGAGCAGCACGUGAGACCGGGAGAGAUCACGUGCGGCUGGGUUUACUGGUCGCCACCGCGGUGUGUGGGCUGACCGGCGUCGUUUUGCUCGCUAUCUCCGGCGUCAUCUUCCUCUUUCGGCUCCGGAUUUCUUCCACGUCGCCGCCAACUCCGAUUCAUGCAGAGAGUAAAAUUAGUGGUUAGUGAUGCUUGAUUUUGAUUUGAGCCAUCGUUGUUCAUAAUAGUUUGGGGUUUAAUCGCAGAUCGAGUUGAUCGAGGAUGUUAAAAUUGUUUUUGAAAUUAAACCAUACGUAUUCAAUUUUUUGUUGCUA